AACGUCACCCCGCACUCUCCAUCAUCCAUACCUUAGCCAUGCCAUCUUCUCUUUGAUACCAUCCUCAUCCGUGUCCCCUUCAACCCCACCGCCAUGCUCUCCUGGCUAGGCUUCGGCCCGGCGUCCAUCCGACUCCCCAAGCCUGAAAUCCACGACGUCGAGGGCAAACCCGACAAGCGAGCUCGCACGCUGAAACACCUCCUCAAAGCGAACCACGCCAAUCACAGCGUCAUCUACAACAACCUGCGCUUCCACAACCACACCCCUCACGUCCUCUCCUCCUCCUACAUCCUCGGUGCCGAUUCCGACCAGCUCAACCACGUCUACGAUGCCGAAAGCCACAACCUCGAGCCCUGGCGAGACAGCCCCGGCGAGAUCGCGCAGCAUGACUGGCGUGACUACCUGGGCAAGCGAGAAUACCAACGCGCAUACCUCGACUUCUUUGAAGACGAGCUCGUCCGCCACGGCUACGACUGGCGCUCUCUGUUGAACGAGUAUAUGCUGCAGGGCAAGGAACCGCUCAUCAACAAUCUCAUCUCCGGCCUUGGCCAUCCCCUCAUCCACUACGGAUAUGCGGAGGAAAUGUCCAGCCGUGCCAUCGCGCUCGAGAGUCUCGUCCUCGCCGCCUGCUUCUACAACGACUGGCACGUCUUCCUCGACGACCCCUCCUACACCAAGCCCGCGCCCAACCCCACCGACUCCCUCUUCACCAUCCUCGACCGCGUCAGCCACGAUCCCGUCUUCGACGGCCUCGCCGAAUACCCCGGUGCCGACAACAUCGAACCCUUGCUCGCCAACGAAGCCAUGGCAGCCAAAGCUCUGGAAUAUUGGAACUCCUGGCAAUUGAAGAGCCCCACCGAGCAAUUCUCCGAAUCACAGAAAGUCGCCGUCGCCCUGCUCGUCGCCGCGCAGACACCCAAAGACGAAAAGCUCUACGACUUCUUCGCUGUCCACCUGCUCACCACUUCCCACGCCGUUCGCGUGCUGCUACCCUCUCUGCCACCCAAAUUCCACCUCCCGCUCGUCCGCCAGUGGUGGCUCUUCACCCUACUCGUAUACAUUGCGCAACUCCGGCCCAAGAUCAACAUCGACACCAUCAAGCUCGUCGACUUGGAGGGACGCGACUGGAGCUACGUGACGGACAAGGCGCUCAAGGGCAAGUACCGCACCGACGCGCACUACGUCAAGGCGCUGCGGAGCAUGUGGGAAGCGAGCAAGACGUGGGGAGACGGCAACCAGUACUACCUCAAGGCGGCAGUGAAGAUGGCCGAGGAGUUUGAUGGCUGGGGCGGGUUCGGACCGCGCGAUAUGGACUUGGAGGCGCACGAGAAUGCUCCUGCGAUGGCUGCGGAAGAAGCCAAGGGUCAGGGGGAGGCCAAGGGAAAGCAGAGGUUUUCGGGCUUGGGCAUUGGUGGCAGGUUUUGGUGAGGCGUUGGCGCUGGCAUAGCAUGAUAACACGACCUUUGGAUGAUCACGAUGUGUACC